AUGCAAUCAUUCAUAACUGCCUUCGUGGCAUGCCUCGCUUUCUUUGCGUCAAUAUCGCUCACAGCUCCGCAACCUCAGGACCUUGGCGACGCACCUUCCUCCAACACCGUCCCCGCAUACCCGACCCAAACCCAGUCCCAAAUCUGCCGCCUCGACCUCUCCAACGAGCUCUUCGGCGGCGUCAACGACGCCUGCGGGACCACCCUCGACCGCAGCCGCUGCUGUCCAGUCCUCGCCGCCUGGCUCUUCGCCGCCCACGCCCGAACCGCCCUCGAAGUAUCCGCCGCCGCGCCGCCUCCCUCCGGCGACCUCCCUAUGAUGCCCGACGACUCUCAGAAGUGCGUUAACUCACUCCAAGACUCACUAAGAAAUCGGAGCAUCCGAAUUCCACAACCCAACGCCACCUGCGACGCCAUUCUCUGCUUCUGCGGCAUCAGACUCCACCAGAUAACCUCCCUCAGUUGCCCCAACGCGUUCAACGUAACCGCGGUUCGAAACGUCUCCGGCACCCACAACGCCACCCCCACCGCCGUCGUACGGAACUUGGAAAAUAAUUGCCGUAAUGCUUCUUAUGCUGGCUGCACGCAAUGCCUCAGCGCCCUACAAAAGAUAAAAGGGAAUAAGAAGGAGAGUGAGAGUGAGAGAGCGAAGAAGAUCUUCAACCGGGACUGUCAACUGAUGGCACUCACGUGGCUCCUAGGAAGGAACAAAACGGCGUACAUUCCGACCGUUUCGGCGGUGUUGCGUGCAGUGAUGUACAGUGCGCAUCCACACGAAUCCAAGUGUAGUCCGGACCAGGAGAACAUGCCCUUGGCCGUUGAUUCCCUGCAACUUGAGACGAACCAGGGUUCAUCUACGCCAUUGAGGAUAUUUUGGAUUAUGCCCGUGAUGGUCUGGUUUUUUUGUGAUUGA